CUGCGGAGGCGUGCUCGGAUUGGCUGGGCGCCGCGAGGCGGCCGGGGACCGUUGGAGCGGGGAGGCUGAGGCGUUUGGCCGCCCGUGCCCGCGGAGCCGCCGCCGCCGGCGGCCGCCGCAGCCCGGAGCCCCCGAAGCCCGGACGGUGCGUCCCGCACCCGGGCAGCCCCGGGACCCCCCCCCUUCCCCCGACCGCCGUCCCCGGGAGAGAUUGUCUUUAAACGUUUGAAGAAGGAACUGAGCCCGGGAAAGUGGAAGUUGCCCUGAGAGGCUUCUCAGUGUAAUUCAGAAUGAUUGAGGAGAGUGGGAAGAGGAGGAGGACAAUGGCAGAGAAGAGACAGCUGUUCAUGGAAAUGAGAGCACAGAAUUUUGAUGUCAUCAGACUUUCAACGUAUCGAACAGCCUGUAAACUGCGGUUUGUACAAAAAAGAUGUAAUCUUCAUCUUGUUGAUAUCUGGAAUAUGAUUGAAGCCUUCCGAGAUAAUGGCCUUAACACUUUGGAUCAUAACACAGAGAUCAACGUGUCUCGACUAGAAACAAUCAUUUCAUCCAUCUACUACCAGCUAAACAAACGCCUUCCUUCUACUCACCAAAUCAGUGUAGAGCAAUCCAUCAGCCUCCUCCUCAACUUCAUGAUAGCAGCGUAUGACAGUGAGGGCCAUGGGAAGUUGACGGUAUUUUCAGUGAAAGCUAUGUUAGCAACAAUGUGUGGCGGUAAAAUACUGGACAAACUAAGAUAUAUUUUCUCUCAAAUAUCAGAUUCAAAUGGACUAAUGAUAUUUACAAAGUUUGAUCAGUUUUUGAAAGAAGUUCUAAAACUUCCAACAGCUGUGUUUGAGGGGCCUUCUUUUGGAUACACAGAGCAUUCUGUGCGGACCUGUUUCCCACAACAAAAAAAGAUCAUGCUAAACAUGUUUUUAGACACAUUGAUGGCUGAUCCACCUCCUCAGUGCCUUGUGUGGCUGCCUCUGAUGCACAGACUUGCCCAUGUUGAAAAUGUCUUCCAUCCCGUGGAAUGUUCGUAUUGCCGGUGUGAGAGCAUGAUGGGUUUCCGGUACCGAUGCCAGCAGUGCCACAACUACCAGCUCUGUCAAAACUGUUUUUGGCGUGGCCAUGCAAAUGGUCCUCAUAGCAACCAGCAUCAGAUGAAGGAGCAUUCCUCUUGGAAAUCACCUGCAAAGAAGCUGAGCCAUGCAAUUAGUAAAUCACUUGGUUGUGUACCAAGCAGAGAACCACCUCGUCCUGUAUUUCCUGAGCAGCCAGAAAAGCCACUUGAUCUUGCACAUAUAGUUCCUCCUCGGCCUCUGACUAACAUGAAUGACACCAUGGUGACCCACAUGUCCUCUGGAGCACCUACACCAACAAAAAGGUUACAUUGCAACCUGGAUACUGCCAGCCGAUUAGCUGACGAGCAUGCACUGAUAGCAACCUAUGUGAACCGGCUGCAGAGCGGUGUACGUGUCCUGGACAGCCCCGGCAGGCUGGACGAGGAGCACAGGCUGAUUGCCAGAUACGCCGCCCGGCUGGCUGCCGAAGCUGGAAAUGCACCUCGCCCACCAACAGACCUGUGUUUCAGCUUUGAUGCCAAUAAACAACAAAGACAGCUGAUAGCAGAGCUGGAAAACAAAAACAGAGAGAUACUCCAAGAAAUUCAGCGUCUCAGGCUGGAACAUGAACAAGCCUCUCAACCUACCCCUGAGAAAGCCCAGCAGAACCCAACUUUAUUGGCUGAACUCAGGCUUCUACGGCAGAGAAAGGAUGAAUUGGAACAGAGGAUGUCUGCACUUCAAGAAAGCAGAAGAGAACUGAUGGUGCAGCUUGAAGGGCUAAUGAAACUGCUCAAAGAAGAAGAGCAAAAGCAGGCAGCGCAAGCAGCAGGCUCAGCACACUCCUCGCCCACCCACGGAGCCAGCCGCCCCAUGCCCAUGCCCGUCAGAUCCACCUCCGCCGGCUCUACCCCAACUCACGUCCCGCAGGACUCGCUUGCAGGUGUCGGGGGAGAUGUGCAGGAAGCUUUCACACAAGGUACGAGGAGGAACCUCCGCAACGACCUGCUGGUAGCAGCCGAUUCCAUCACCAACACCAUGUCAUCGCUGGUGAAGGAACUUCAUUCAGCAGAGGAAGAAGAUGAAGAAGAAACAGAAAAAAUGCAGAAUGGAAAGGACCGAGGUUAGAUGGAUGACCGCCAGCUGUACAGUAAUUCAGGCAUGGAGGGUUAUGCUUAGAAUUGAGAGACGUCUCCCCAUCCUUUGGAAGAGGCACAUUUCAGCCGAUACAUUCACCAUCGUGCAACUGUGACCGAUCUCAACCACCUGCUGAUGAAAGCGGCUUUCUCGGAACCACCUGGAGGGCUUUCCCCGUGGGCACUUGCCUCUUAGGUCAUUGCAUGUACUAUUUUCCUCCAUGUGUUUACUAAUGGUAAUCAGACAACGCCCCAUCAAACUCAGCGAUUUAUGGGAGGUUUAAAAAAAAAAAAAACAAACAAAAGGAAAGCUAAUACUCCCUGCUCCUGCUAAGUGUACUGAUCUUUUUUUAUUUCCUCCCAAAUGGUGUCAUCAUUGCAUCACACACUGGUUAUUUCCUCUUGACUUCUGCCCCUCGAUAUGCAUGAAAAAAUGGGUGUAGAGCCUCCUGGAUCCCUUGCGUGUGACACAAAGGGGAUUCUGCCUUCAAAAAAACCCACCUUCUCCAAACACCGCGCUGUCAGUGUCUGGUCGCCAUCGUGUGUGAUGUCGCUUGUCAUCCUGGGAGUAAAUGGCAGGGCACGUCACGGGUGGAGGGCUGCACAACCAGAGGAGCAGCAGCAGCGGCGAUGGGCCACCAGCCGCCUGCCUCCCGGCAUUCUUGGCUCUGCUUCUCUUCAGACUGUUAAAAAAUUUCCCUUUAUAAGCAAGGAAUUCAGGGACGACCAUUGCUAGGCUUAGAUUAGCAUCUCUGCAUUCAUUUUCAGGCGUCGAGUUUGGUUUUGUUUAAAAUUAAGAGAAAUAACCAAGUUGUGUAGUCUGAGGCUGGCAGCUCACCACUCUCUGAUCCUUGCUAGGCUUUUCUUCCAUAGCUGCUUAGAAAACAUUGUAAUCAGUUCCAAUCACUGGUGAUUUUUUUUUUUUUUUCUUGGUGCUUAGGAAUGUUAUUUUUAGUGGAAGGAGCUGAGUGCCCUAAUGCAUCUAUAAAUAUUUAUCAAGGGUGAUGAAUGGAAAGGAGUGAUAAACCCUGAAACCAGCCCUCAGCUUUUCUUCCUGUCUGAACCGAUACAUGGCCUCAGUUCUCGGUGGAAAGUGCUCGUCGGGUACCUACAGCCCUUGGGGAGAGAGAAAAUAAACGUACGUGGUGGCCGCAGACUUAGUUGAAUAUAAAUAUUGUGAAUGAGCUGUCAAGAAGGAAAGGAAAGUGAUGAUAACCUGGUGCAGCAUGUUAGCUUUAGCCUGCCAAACAGAGUGCGCUCGCGGGGAUGGGGAAGGUUUUGUGUGCGUUUUCGGCUGAAUUUGCUGAAUUAGGACCUGCAGCGGCUUUGGCUGCAGCUACAGGCGGAUUCGAGCACUGAAAAUAGGAAUGUUUUGCUGAUGGCCACGCUCGGGGACCUGCUGGGGUGGUGAAGGCUGCCGGCAGCAGGAGGUGUUACGGCUGCGCAGGCACCGGGGUCUUCCUCCUGCUGACCAGGGUGCGAGCGGCCGGGGAGUUUGCAUCGUGCCGGUGGGAUCUCCUGGCACCUCGUGCGGGCGAGAGGCUGGGAGCUCCCGGCCGAGCUCCGCCGAGUCCGGCGUCAGGGACUGGGUGUCUGCACCGGCAGCAGUGCCGGAGGAGGGGAGCUGCGCCACGGGGCAGCCCGGGGUGGUGAUGGGAGAGCCCGUGGCAACGUGUGGGGUGGUGGGGUGGAAGUCGUCGCCUCCUUAGAGGUGCCAGGGCCCAAAAUGUGGCACAGACUGGAAGGGAGGGAUGAAGACACAUCUCCCGUAGCCGUCAGGGAAGCACGUUACGCACGAAGCCUGGAUCACAGGGGAGCGUCACAUUUGCUGCUUUUUUCCUGUUAUUACUCACUCUGUGACUUUCCCUUCUCGCUUUUGCUACCACGAUUGCCAGGAGGCAAAAAAACCUCCUGCCGCAGCUGCCACCUCGGCCGCGAGCAUCUCGCUGAGCCUGCGGUCCAGCCGCAGCUGGAGGAGGUGCAGGUGGCACCGCCGGGACCGGCCACCACCGCUCCGGCUGGCCAGGCACUCGGAGGGGAGACGCUGCGGAGAACGCCCCGCUGCCAGGGCUCUUGCAGCCAGCGCUGCCGGUCGCAGGGAGGGUGACAGCCGGGGGAGCGGGGGCAUCUGGGCUUUGUUCGGAAAACCUGGCGGGAUCAGUGGGGCUUUGUACAGAUGCAGUGGGGAUAUCGUCUGUGUGUGUUAAAUGUGACCCCGCGUGCCAUGGCUCUGCAGUGCCUCUCCCAUGAUGCCAUUUAUUGUAGCCGGUAAAGCAUUUUAGCACAUACUUUAUAUUAUUGCAAGGCUGGGGCUGCAGGUUGGUGCUGGCUGCUGCCGUGCUGGCUGCUGCCAGGAGGAUGGCGUUCGCCCAGCAAGCCGCUGCUGGAGCAGGAGGAAUCUGUGCCCCCCCGGUCUAAAGGGUCCUGGAAAGGCCACGGUCCUGUGGUCAUGGCUCCGGUAAUGUGCACCCUGCAGCCAGCAGGAGCAACCGGGAGUGAUGGAGAGCGAGGGCAGCUGCUAGCCAGGUCCAGGCAUCGGAUCAACAAGGCCUGAGCUUAAUUGCACCUGUCCUCGUCGGCCUGCUACCGAUAGCUUCCCUCCGCCAUCGCUCGGAGGUGAUGGGAACGAUGCCGCAGGGUCCCCCCAGCCUUUCCCUGCGGUGCAUAGUGGUGCCAAGGAGAGCGUGGUUAGCUGGCUUGGCGGCACUCCGGGCAGGCUGUCUUGACAUGUCACUCAACGGUGUCAUUUAGGGAGGUCACUGCUGGUCCCCAGACCCUGUUGGUGAAGCCCAGCUGGUGCUGGCGGUCCCAGUGCCCUGGGGUCUGCCCUCGUGGUGCUGCUGCCCCCAGCACCAGUCUGGCACUGGGGUAGGCAGCGUGGGCUCAAAGCAGGGCUUGGGGCACGGACUGGUCCAGCAGAGCCAGGGAAGCACCGGGACAAGUGCGGAUGCUGGGGUCCGAGCCUUGCCGUGGCCAUCAACAGGGGUUCCUGUGCCGGGCAGGAUGCCCGGGAUCAUUUUGCACCCCAGUAACACCAGGCACCUCCACCGGUGACAUGCUGGGACAUUGUGUAGGGGAAAAACCACCCAGCACCCCAGCUUGCUUAUGGCUAACUUUGAAACCUGCUUACAAACUGUUGUUUGCCUUUGGAAUAAUCGCCUUAAACCCUCCAGGAGGAACAGUUCAGGCCGGGCUUUAAUAUAUGUCCGCAGGCUGUGUCCUGCUGCGGCGUUACUGCACUCCAGCUCCAGCGUGUGCGGAUUCCCGAGGCCGGUGGCACCGUGCCGGAGGGACUGGCCGCUCACCCAAGUCCUUGCUCAGCACCCGGGAUGCAACGUCCCGGAGGCUGCCAGGGAAAUCUGCCCUGCAGCACCAGAGAGCUCCCGGGGUCGGAGCCCGGUGUGUGUGCACAUGUGUGCAUGGGUGUGUGUGGGUGCACGUGUGCGGGUGUGCACACGUGUGUGUGGGUGCACGGGUGCCUGCAUGCACUGCAGGCAGCGUGUCGCUUGCCGCUGCUGCUCUCGGGAGAUCUGCUGGGUCCGAGCGUGUCUGCCGGUGCCUCCCUGCCCAUCCCUGCUGCCCAGCGUCUGCCCGCACCCCUGAGGCUGCCGGUAAAAAUAAAAAUAACCACAGAUAUGGUUCUUUGCUUUCAAAUUUGGGGCUUUAUUUUAUGCAAUUGGAUGGUCGUUUUUUCAUCAGGAUCCAGGAAUGGGAGUCACUAGCAGAGAGCGGGACCGGAUCCAGACCCCGGGGAGGAUGGCAGGGCCCCGUGCAGAGCCCAGCCGGGCACGGUGCUGCCGGAGCCGGGCAGGUGCAGGCAGAGCAGGCAGAGCAGGCAGGCCACGGGCCGUGGUGUCGGGCAUCGCUGCUGAAUCCUGGGGACGGUGUGUUGAGAUGGGCUGUAAGGGAAUAGUUGCUGAUUGCUCUCCGGUGACUUUCUGUGCUGUAAUUCCCUCGCCAAUACUGACCGAACCACCUGCGAUUGUCCUGGCACCUCCAAAACCGCUGGAAACGGCACCGCUCCCUUGCCUGGGUUGCCCUGGUUUUCCUGGGAGACGGCUCUGCUCCCAGGGAAUGGCCGGUCCCCAGCACAGACCCGGUGCCUCAGCAGUGAUGGGAAGGCAUGCCAGUGCUGCGGCAUAGCCACAGCGGCUGUAAUUAAGCCCCUCUUUAAUUCCCACUUGGGCUGAGCACGGGCUGGGGCAGAGCCAUGGGGCUUGCGGUGCCUUCUCCUGCCAGGCAGAGCCGGCCGGCAGGAAGCAUCAAAUUCGGAUUGCAAGGAAACUUUGCAAUUUCCCUAGGGCAAAACCCACCUGAACAAAAAAGCAAAAUGCCACCUAAAAAUGUUUUCUCAUGGGAAGGUUACCUGGACAGAGCCAUCUCCCUGCAUUGGCAUCCCUGGCCGAUGCCCGGUGCCAGGGGUUAAUGCCAGGAGAGGGAAACCCCCAGUUUUCACAGGGUAGGGAAUAGGGACAGUCGCCCUGCAGUAUGUCCCACACCCGGCUGGUCUGUCGGCGAUGUGCCAAAGGCAGGCGGUGGCUUUGGCCGCUCAUGCCAUCCCUCGGCACAGGCGUGCUCAGAGGCUCCCCGAGCCCUGGCCGUGCUCGCGCAAUCGGGGUGCCCCCAGCAGCAGAGCCUGGCAGUCGGGGGGUCGGGGACCGUGCCAAGCUUUGGUGCCAUUCCCUAUUCCUGGCACCGCGUGAGUGCGGGCACGGGUGAGUGCGGGAGCGUCCCUGGGAGCGGUUGGCAAACCCGCGCUGGAGCUGAUGCUGUAAGUGUGGGGAAUGUCUCUAACAGAAACCUGUAAACUGGAAGCCAUGUUCUGUCAUCUGCCAAAUAUUUAAUAAAUUCAUCUCAUCCCUAA